AUGAUCAAUGCUGGGUUUGCCUGGGCGACGGCCAACGGACUGGUUCGCAAGAACCCAGUACAUCAGGAGGAAGAGGCCAAACUGGUCAUUUCGGAAACCUUUGAGCUGCAAGAUCAGCAAGGCACCGAAAUCAAUCUUUCGGGAAGCUUCGAACUCGAGGACGACUCCGGCUUCCUCCUCAGCCGCGAUGGGCCCAGCAUCGACUCGUCGCUGGCAGACAUCGCCCGCGGCGGAACCUCGGAUGCUGCCCCGGAGGAAGCUCCCACAGCAGGGCAGGCUGCAUCCUUUAAGCUGGUCUUUCCUACCCUUGCACAGAAUGCUUCGGCUACGUCGCUGUUGGCAAGCUUCCUCGAAGUGCUUGGCCGAAAAAUCGAUGCAUGUGAGGAUAUCAUGGACAAGCUGGAUGAAUCCCAGAACAGCAGAGCUUCUUCGCUUCGUGAUCAGAUGAAGGCCAUUGUCACUGAGAUGAAAGCGAAGUACGACGACUUGACAGCCAAGCAGGCGGAGUCUGUCACGACGACCCCCGACAAGGCCUUCAACGAGGACCUCCUGCGAAAGUACGCGGACAUUACAAAGCAGGAUGUCGUCCUUGGCAACUACGUGAUCAGGGCUCGGACGAUGACCAAGAAGGGUGGCUCAUCCAAGGCUCCUUCGAUGGCAGGUGCUCCCAAGAGCAAGGCUUCUGAGAAGAAGCCGAAGGACAAGAAAACCAAGAAGGAAAAAUCUGAGAAGAAACGGCCAUCGGACUCCGAGUUCGAUGAUGACCUGGCCGAUGAGCUGUUCAUUGGCUUCGAGCAGGGAGCAGAGAGUGCUACACGAGUGACUCGCCUGGCGAAUGUUGCAAACAACAAGCUGAAGAAGCACGGAGUGGUGUCGCAAUCAUGGCAAGACGACUUCGCUUACCCAGUUGUCGUUGAAAGUUUUCAAGGAUGUGGCAAAGGUCACGAUACAGCAGUGCUGGCUGCUUGGAUCCACGACGAGAUCGAAGCAAUUGAUCCAACUACAAUCGAUGAAGGCUAUGCAUCGCUGGCUAUGAAGUGUGCAAAAAAACAGCUGCCUUUGUUCUACAUGAGACCGAAGCACCACAUGCAACUCCAUUUGGUGAGCCUUGCCUUCUAG